GCAGAGACUGUGUAUACGCAGAACUGAAUCUGUGAUUCUUCCUCGGCAUUUCGUUCUUUCUUGAUGGAGGAGAGCAGAGGGAUUCAUCGUUGAAGCAGGGGAGAUUGUACGGAUAAACAACAACAACUCGUCGAUCUGAAACAGUAAACAAGAAACACUAAAAGUAUCGUUUCUCCGGUGAAGCCAAGUUAGUAUAAAGUUAUGGAACCAGUGAAAGAAGACCAUUGUGAGGAAGAGUCUCAUAAGUACAUGAGUUUAGCUCUGCACCAGGCUAAACUUGCUCUAGAGGCUCUUGAAGUUCCCGUGGGGUCUCUAAUUUUUGCCACUUUGCUUCAUCCCAAUUUUUUUUUCUUACCAUUUAUCUACUUAUGUCAUAUAAGAUUUCUAUGGAUCAGAUGUGUCAUUCUUGAGGACGGUAAGGUCAUUGCUUCAGGGAGAAACCGAACAAAUGAGACACGCAAUGCCACAAGACAUGCAGAGAUGGAAGCAGUUGAUCAACUUGUUGGAGAGUGGCGGAAAAAUGGACUCUCUCCUUCACAAAUCGCUGAGAAAUUCUCGAAAUGCGUUCUUUACGUAACAUGUGAACCUUGCAUCAUGUGCGCAUCGGCCUUAUCGUUUCUUGGUAUAAAGGAAGUGUAUUAUGGAUGUGCAAAUGACAAGUUUGGGGGAUGUGGUUCCAUCUUGUCGCUUCACUUAGGCAAUUCUCAACCGUCAGAUAUCCCUGAAGAAGCUCAAAGAGGAAAAGGGUACAAGUGUAAAGGAGGAAUAAUGGCAGACGAAGCUGUCUCGCUUUUCAAAUGUUUCUAUGAGCAAGGCAAUCCCAGCGCACCAAAGCCACACCGACCCGUAGUUCAACGAGAGAGGACUUGAGGUGUUUAUAUCAGAGGUAUUCAGAAUUGUCUGAAAGAAAGAAGGGAAACUCGAUUUCUUCGAGCUCAUUGUAUGCUCUUAACCUUUAUUCUUAUUUUGAAUACUAUUGUAAGAAACAAGAGCUUAGCUUAAAGUUAUAAAAGAGGUGGGAUACUCUGUUCGUGUC